CACCCCCACGCGCCGAACAACCCGGGACUGCGCCCCCGAACCCAAAAGGGGCACCCGCACCCCGAAAAACACCACGACAACGAAAAUCGGCGCCAAACACCCGCUGGAACGGUUGGGCGAUUUUGAAAUGGCGCCAUAGAGGGCGUGGCGUCGCAUAAAGCAAAUUCCUGUUUUACCGACAAUGACGACUCGCGUGGCUAACAGUCGAGAAAAAGUGAGGUUACGUAGAAAUGGAAUUAACGCAAGAAAUAGCCACCGCGUUGUACAAAAACACGAUCCAGUACCUUCACGACGUAACCGAAAAGGUCCCAAAUACCCUCAGCGUGCUAAAGUCGUACUACGCGUCGAAGUUUACGAUUUCGCAACUCCAAACCAAGAUUAAUUUAGAAGGGGGUCACAGUAAAUACGAUCCCAGGUGUCGCAAAUGCUGUCUCAAGUUACGACAAAGCGGGGCGUCCUACGCCGUGGCUCCGGAAACAAAGAAGUCGAAAUUUGCACAAAAACUUCUAAAAAAAGCGAAACGAAAGCAGCCGUUGACUAAAUUCCAAGCGAAGUAUUUAAAAAAGAAUGACCUCACGCCGGGGAAUCGACUGAUUGUUACGUGUACUUUUUGUCAGAAAAAGGCGACUUAUGUUCUUAAUAAACCCGUGAAGGUGCGCGUUGAUGUUAACGCGAAUCAACCUAUACAGGGUCGAGCUAAAAAAAAGAAAAACAAGAAGAAGGAUAAGUUUUGUGGGUUGCAAAAGGAGGCUGUGGUGUCAGCCAAACGUGCUAACGUGAAUAGUAAACAGAACGAAAAUGACAAUCAAGAGUGUGUAAACAGGGUUUUGAAUAACCCCAUUCUUAAACAGAGGGAGAACCAGAAGAAGAAGAAGAAUCUUAAAAAGUUGAACUCGAUGUUGAAACAAAGCAGUCAGCUUAAGGCGCCUAAAAAUAACCUGGCACAGUUUUUGCAGUCGCUGGCUAAAUAAAAUGAAUGAAUAAAAACCUACUAAA